CUCUCCACCACUCUACACUUCGAUCCUCGCCAAUUCCUUCAAAAGAAUCCCUACGGUUCGGUACAAUGGCUCUCCGCCUCUCCCUCUCUCCUCCUCCUAUUCGCUCCUCCGCCUCCCCAUCGUGGGCCGCGCCGCACUCGAUCGCGAUCUCCUGCUCCUCUUCGUCGUCGGUUGGGCUGUCUGUCCCGACGCAGGAGAAGAGGAGGGCUAGGGUUGUGGUGCGGUCGUCGAGCAUCGACACUGCCGAGGCGGUCGUCGGACAGGUGACCGAGGUGAAUAAGGACACAUUCUGGCCUAUAGUCAAGGCCGCCGGGGACAAGGCCGUUGUUCUCGAUAUGUACACUCAGUGGUGUGGUCCCUGCAAAGUGAUGGCUCCAAAAUUCCAAGAAUUGUCUGGGAAGUAUCUUGACGUUGUCUUUCUAAAGCUGGACUGCAACCAAGACAACAAGACUUUGGCAAAGGAGCUGGGAAUCAGGGUGGUUCCUACCUUCAAGAUCCUGAAGGACAGCAAGAUCGUAAAGGAAGUUACAGGGGCCAAAUUGGACGAUUUGGUUGUCGCCAUAGAGACUGUUAGAUCAAGUUAGAGAGCUCAAUUCUAUCUUGUUACUCCUGUAAAGAUCCAUGAAAAUGUAAGAGAAUAAUUGAUUUGUACUUAGACGUAACGUAUACUCGUGAUGUUCUGGGCAGUUGAACUUGAGAAAGGGAAAAAGGGUAGAAAUGCUGAUAAACAAUGGUGGAAACACAGCAGAACCCUAAAUCUGCUUCUUGUUGUAAGAAUUCAUCUUGUUGAAAAAGAUUUCCUGGUUCAACAUCUUCCUUGAGA